GUUGAGAGAAACGCAAUUUGCGGAAUUUAAUUCUUCUGAGACAGUUUCUUUCCCAGAUAUAGGAUUUAAAACUAUAGAGAACGAGCUUCCAGAAUCCGCAGUAGCAUGGACCUCGUGAAUCUGGCUCUCCGCUCCGUCGAACUGGGAGACGUGAAACCGCCGAGGGAGAACUUCCUGCAGGUCGAGUGCGAUGUCACGGAGAGGAACGAUACAAUCGAAGAGCGGAGAUGCAGGCUGAAGGAGAAGUCGUGCGACGAGCUCCGGACGAUCAAUUUGGCCGAGAUUGCCUGGCACGACACGCCCGGUGACUGCUGGCUCGUGAUCGGCAAUUACGUAUACGAUUGCACGGAGUUCCUAAGGAGCCACCCAGGCGGUCAGGAGGUCUUACUGGAGUACGCCGGACGUGACGCGACUAUCGCGUUCAACGGCACCGGCCACUCCGCCGUCGCCUGGGCAACCUUGGAGAGGUACAAAAUCGGCCAACUUCCGCCGAACGAGAGAAUCUACCACUGCACCCCCUACGGCGUGAAAGUCUUCCGUUCGUAAUCUGUCUCGGGUCGUCGAAGAUCAUCAUCGUUAUCGAGACACGUUCGGAUAAAUAUCGAAUUUUAUGCCAAAAAUAAAAACCGGCAUACCGAACGUUUUUUUUUAGAAAAAUGAAUUGAAUUAAUUACAAAGAUACCACGAGAAUUAAUCAUUCCUGAAAUACAUAUGUCAUCGUUGCUUCUAGCAGCACAUUUUUUCCCCGAUUAUUUAUUUUAUUUUAUUUUAAUUAAUAAUUUUUUAAAUCCUGUGGAUAUUAUUUUUAUUAAUACUACUGCUGGAUUUUAUUAUUUUUUCUAUCAUAUCAUCAAUAUAGAUAAUUUUAAAUAAUCAAACGUAGAAUAAACUCAUAAUCUUAAGUGCUAUAUUUAAGAUUUUAUACAGUAAAAAGAAAGUGACCUCUUGUCAGCGUGAUUUGUUAAUUUGUAAGAAUAGUGAUAGUGACUUCUUUUAUCAGUAUUUAAGGUUGACACGUUCCGCAUCAUUACUGUUAUGCAAAGUGUAAACUGUGUUAGAUGUUAACUUAAGAAAUUAAGUAAUCUGAUUAAGUUUAAAAUAAAUGUUCCAGUAAACCUAAACAUGUUUUCAUAUCAUUUAUAUGGAAACUUAUUAUUUAUUUUAAAUAUAUUUUUUUAUAAUAUUAUAAUAAUAUAAUAUUAAUAUUUAAUUGCGAUUUUUAAAUAUUUAAAGAAAUAUUUAUGAGGCAGAUUAUGUUAAAUAUUAUACAAAUUAACAGUAAGAAAAUUAAUUUGUUGUACAAGUAGAUUAGUGCUUACAUUUUAAAGAUACUCUUAGAAAUUCUGAACAAACACAUUAUGUAUUAUUUAUUAAGACAAUAUGUUUUAUAUUUAUUUGAUAAACAUACACAAUACAUUUUAUGAGCAAACACAAGCAUUAUAACAGGACAUUAAAAAUAAACGUUUCAGAUAAAUAUAUAUUGGUUUAUUUAAAUGUUUUUUAUAAGUUUUUAUUAUUUCCAAAAUAAUUGAAAAAUUGUUUAUAUUUUUGUAUGUUAAUAAUCGCAUUAUGUAUUUCAAAUUCCAGUUAAUUAUAUAAAAUUAAAUUACUUUCUAUCAUGAAUUCUUAACAAAAGUUCAACAAUCUUGAUUCUAUAUCAUUAGAUGUCAGGUUACUGGGACAUUUCUCUUAGUUUCUCUCAAUUUUUCUUUGUUAUAUUUCCAACAACUUGCAAUCAGAUUGCGCAGUUUCGAAUUUCUUUCUCUUCUUACAAUAUUUCAUGUGUGCAUCAUACCCGUCGAAGUCAAACAUGUAGUAAAAUGGCUGAUCAUGUGAGGAAAAUAUAUUAUUUUUAUUAUUAUUAUUAUCGAGCAACACAGCAUCAUUCAAUCAUCGCAGCUGUAAAAUAUUUGGUGCAGCUUUGUUACUUUGUCAUUGAACUUUGAAAUACGUAUCAGUGUCAAGAGGUUAAGCACGUGAUGAUAAAAAACUGAUUCUUAUUCAGCCUCAAACACAAUUAAUUGCAAUUCUUUGUGAGUAAUUAUUUGUAAUUGAAUUUAUAAUCUUGAAUUAUUAUCGGACACAGAUUAACACAUCAAAUAUACGGAGGAGAUAAGUAAAGGGCAAUAAUAAGGAUGCAGAAAAUGCUCUGCAUCGAAUACAUUUUAUUUUUUUUUAUCCUCUAACAUUUAUAAUAUACAUAACAUACAGUGUGAGGUAAUAGGUGACGUAGCUCGGUUCGUUAAACGUUGUUGUUAAACCGGUUUAAUAACCUCUCCGUUUUUUUUUUGGUUAAUCGGAAGGCAAGACUGCUUGUUUAUUAAAUUAACAAUAUACUCCGUUUACGCGUUAAUCCUAGAUUUAUCUAGAAUUAAAUUACACACACAAUAGUACUCACGUUAUAUGAUAUUUACACUUAAUCACAAAAUGUACAUAUAAAA